AUGGAAGAAAUUGUGCAAGUCCUUAACAUGUCUUGCAAGUAUGUCCACGAACUUGGGAGAUUUGAGGAAUUGGACAGACUUGUUGCUCUGACCCCUUCUAAACAAACUGUUGAAGAAGCUCGAAAGCUAGAUCUCAGAUUGACCGAUGUGCAAGAAGAAAAGCUGCUAAGAGUAUUUCGUGAGCACAAAAGAGCUAUUGGGUGGACAAUUGUUGAUAUCAAGGGAAUCACUCCACCAUUCUACAUGCAUAAAAUUUUUCUGGAAGAUGGACAACGCCCCAGUAUUGAGCAAGAAAGGAGGUUAAAUCCUAUUAUCAAGGAGGUCGUGAAGAAGGAGGUAAUUAAAUGGCUUGAUGCAGGUAUUAUCUUCCCUAUUUCUGACAGCAACUGGGGCAUUGUGUUGGGUCAUAGAGUAUCGAAGAGUGGCAUUGAAGUUGAUAAGGUGAAGGUGGAGGCGGUUGCAAAGUUACCUCCAGCCAUAUCUGUGAAGGGUAUCCAGAGUUUCUUGGGACACAUAGGUUUCUAUAGACGCUUUAUUAAAGAUUUUUCUAAAAUUCCAUUAUGCAAGUUUCUUGAAAAGGAUGUGACUUUCAAAUUUGAUGAAGCUUGCCUGAAGGCAUUCGAGGAGCUCAAAGAGAAGUUGAUGGCUGCCCCCAUUGUUGUGGCGCUGGAUUGGUCCUUACCAUUUGAACUUAUGUGCGAUGCAAGUGACCAUGCUAUUGGGGCGGUGCUAGGCCAUAGGAAGGACAAUAAGUUUUACUCCAUAUACUAUGCGAAAGUACGAGAUCGAAAGGGCAGAGAAAACCAAGUGGCUAACCACCUGUCAAGGCUGAAAAAUUAUGAGCACGUGGAGGAAGGUGGAAAAAUUAAGGAGAUAUUUCCUGAUGAACAGUGUGCUGCUCAGUUGAUGAGGAAAUGCAUUUUUGAAAAGGAGGUGGAAUUAUUCUUGUAUGACUGUCAUGCCUCGCCUUUUGGGGGCCAUCAUGGAGAUGAUAGGACAGCUGCAAAGUUGUUGAAUAAACUUCUAGACAAAUAUGGGGUCCGCCGCACAGUUGCCACGGCAUAUCAUCCACAAACAAGUGGACAAGGUGAAGUGUCAAACAGAGAAAUAAAGCAGAUAUUAGACAAGACAGUGAGUGUGGACAUGAAAGAUUGUGCUGCAAAGCUAGAUGAUGCUUUGCAGGAAUAUAGAACUGCAUACGAAACACCAAUUGGGGCGUCCUUGUAUAAGCUUGUUUAUGGGAAGACAUGUCACUUGCUGGCUGAACUUGAACAUAAGGCGUAUUGGGCGAUUAAGAAGUUAAAUAUGGACUUUAGAGCCACGGACGAGAAGAGGCUAUUGCAGUUGAAUGAGUUAGAUGAGUUCAUGCUGCACUCCUAUGAAAAUGCUAAGCUUUAUAAGGAGAAAACAAAAAGAUGA